CUGCUGUGAGGUUAUUAUGAAAUUAGAACUCCUAUUAUUGCAAGUCGUGUACUUAUUUUAUAUUGCCAUUUGGUUUUAAAUAGUUGGCUUUAGUGAACAUCAAGGUUUCAGUUCUUAACUCCUGUAGAUAAAGAGAUUCGACGCUUUUACUCUGAAGAAAGAAAACGCCGACUGGAAGUGAUCUUGUUCUCGAUAACGGAACGCAGGCUGACACGGAGAGAAAUGACCAAACCGCUGGAAAGUUGACAUUAAGAACAGGCUAGCCGUCUAAACCUAGGCCUAUAUGGGACAGGAGCGGGUUAAAGUGGGCUACAUGGAGCACUCGGAUGCUGUCAGACCGCCGAGAACACCGUGUUUGUGAUUUUAUUGGACUAAAGAUUACAGUGUGGUAGCAGCUAGCUAUAGGCUAGCAUUAUGGUGGUUAAUGGAAAGCCAGUAGAGUGGUGCGGUUUAAAGGCUCAGUUUAAAAUGGGACGUGCGAGCGUUGAGGAUGGGGCUGACUACUCUGACAGGCAUGUUGUUUAGCCCCAGGAGCUAGCAUUUCCUAGCGGAGAUAUGUAUCUGAGGGGGGAAGCGUGUUUUCCUCAUCAGGUAGGAGAUGCUGGAUGGAUACACGUCAGCACCUCCCCAGACAGACAACGGUAGCAUUCAUACGUUAACUUGGUUCACCGCAGAGCUCAACUCUCCGAAGGGGAACGUGAAGCAGCUAUGGCCGUGAAGUCAAGGAGACCGUGGAGCACCGUGCUUUUCGGCGUCUUUCUCGGCUUCACCGCGUCCUCUUGGCUGUUUAUACCUCAGGUUCUGGAAGGUAAAGGGAAAAAGCCUCCCUUGUGUCUGUACAACAGUGCCGCCUCCGUCGGGAAAGGUCCUGCCGUCCUCGGGAACACCGCGGAUACCAAAGACCGGGUGUUGAGCCAGGAGGACGGGGUGUUCGGUACGGGGAACAGUAGCGGAGAGACCGGGGAACCCGUAAGCAGACCAACGCAUUUCCUCUAUGUCGGCGUGAUGACCGCGAAGAAAUAUGUGCGGUCUCGCGCCGUGGCUGCGUACCAGACCUGGGCGAGCUCCAUACCCGGGAAGGUGGAGUUCUUCUCGAGCGCGGGGACUGGCGCCGUCCUCGUGCCAGUCCCCGUCCCGGUGGUGUCGCUGGCAGGUGUGGACGACUCGUACCCCCCACAGAAGAAGUCCUUCAUGAUGCUGAAGUACAUCCACGACCACUACCUGGAUAAGUACGAGUGGUUCAUGCGGGCAGAUGAUGAUGUUUACAUACGAGGUGAGAAGCUGGAGUUGUUCCUGCGCUCGCUGAACAGCAGCAAGCCUCUUUACCUGGGCCAGACCGGCCUGGGCAUGGCCGAGGAGCUGGGCAGGCUGGCCCUGGAGCCCGGAGAGAACUUCUGCAUGGGAGGCCCGGGGAUGAUCUUCAGCAGAGAGGUUCUACGCAGGAUGGUCCCUCACAUCAACACCUGUCUCAGGGAGAUGUACACCACCCAUGAGGACGUGGAAGUGGGCCGCUGUGUGCGGCGCUUUGGAGGAACACAGUGCGUGUGGUCGUAUGAGAUGCAGCAGCUCUUCUAUGAGAACUAUGAACACAACAAGAAGGGUUUCAUUGAAGAACUUCACAGCAGCAAGAUCCACAACGCCAUCACGCUUCACCCCAACAAAAAGCCCGCCUACCAGUACCGGCUGCACAGCUUCAUGCUGGGCCGCGAGAUCUCCAGGCUCUGUUACCGCAGCAUCCUGCUCCACCGCCAAGGCCUGAUGAUGAGUUCCCUUAGCGACACAGAGGUACAGUGGGAGGACCAACAGCUGGGGUCCCCACCUUCCUACAUGCGCUAUAAGCCCAAUGAGAGGCAUGAUGUCAUUGAAUGGGAUUUCCUGACUGGCCGCCAUGUUUAUUCUGCUGCUGAGAACAAGGUAGCCCGGCAAAGCCUCGGGAACUCGCUUCGGACCGCGCUAGAAGGCAUUAUACUCCAGGUCAUGGAAAUGAUUAACGAGAAUUCGAAAACACGUGGCCGUGUCAUUGACUUUAAAGAGAUCCAGUAUGGCUACUACAGGGUGGAUCCAAUGCAUGGCGCCGAAUACAUCAUAGACUUACUGCUUCUGUACAAGAAACAUAAGGGACGCAAGAUAACGGUGCCUGUGAGGCGCCACGCUUACCUUCAGCAGUCCUUCAGCCGCCCCUUCUUUACUGAAACCGACGAGCUAGACGUGGCUGAGCUCGUGGCUGCCAUCAACUCUGAAUCCCAAUCCCUGUCUUUCUUGUCCAACUCUCUGAAGUUCUUGUCCCCUUUCCAGGUCCAAGAAUCAAACAGGGACAUGUGGGAGCAAAGCCAGAGGAAGGUCAACAUCCUUGUCCCGUUAUCUGGUCGCUAUGACACCUUCGUCCGCUUCAUGGAGAACUUUGAAAAAGUGUGUUUGAUACCCAAACAAAACGUUAAGCUCUCCAUCGUUCUGGUGGACAACGAGAGCAAUCAGAGCAGAGGAAGACACAUCCAGUUAGUCAAAGACUUCUACAGGAAGUAUCCCAAAGCUGACCUGUCCAUAAUCCCCAUGACAGGCAACUUUUCCCGAGGACUGGCUCUUGAGCUGGCCUCCUCACAGCUUCAUAAUGACUCUCUACUCUUCUUCUGCGAUGUUGAUCUUAUCUUUAGUGGCGACGCCUUACAACGCUGUAGAGACAAUGCUGUCCAAGGGAGACAAGUCUAUUUUCCUGUUGUCUUUAGUCAGUACAACCCCAAGAUAGUGUAUUCGGAGAAGGCCCCGAGAGAAAACAAGUUUGUGCUAACCAAGAAAAGUGGCUUCUGGCGAGACUAUGGAUUUGGAAUCGCCUGUGUUUUCAAGAGUGAUUUACUCAAAGCUGGAGGGUUUGACACCUCGAUCUUAGGCUGGGGACUGGAAGACGUGGACCUGUUCACAAAAGUGAUUCAUUCAGGUUUGAAAGUGUUACGCAGCCAAGAACCGGGCAUUGUCCACAUUUAUCAUCCCGUCCACUGCAACACAAGUCUGGAGCAGAAGCAACACAAGAUGUGCCUGGGCUCCAGAGCGAGUACGUUCGCAUCGACGAUGCAGUUAGCAGAGCUGUGGCUGGAGAAACACAUCGAGACCGGGUAUAACAGGACUUCAUCCUGACAUCCCAGCCCUCCUGGAC